GUGAAGGGAAGAGUUUCUGUUCUUGACCAAUCAGCGUUCAGUGUGGAAGAUAACAGGAGCUUCUACCUGAGCAGGUACAUGAUCACCUGUGUGAGGAACUCAGAUGCUCGUGUGUGUGAGGACUGAAGACAGUCAUUCACAACAACACACAGAUUAUGGAGACUACAGGGCUCUUAUUUCUCUGUGUCACCUGCCUCAGUCUGUGUACAGCAGCGCGUGGCGGUAAAAAGGACAUUUUCGCGAGAGUCGUGGAUCUGGUGUCUCCAGGUGAAGAGUUCCUCACAGAAGAUGCGCUUCUCUCGGUGUUUGAGCGGCUGGAGAACCGCGUCAACUGCUCCGGUGUGUCGUGUGGAAAGUGUGUGUCUGUUGAAGGUCUUCAGCAGCUGUUGAGUAACUCCAGCAGCUCACAGCAGCUCCAGAUGGAGGAUUUCUUCACGCUGGCUCCUGCGCUCUGUCUGUUCCUGAGCGAUCCGAUGGAGACCUGCAGAGCCGUACGGGAGGGACGCUGGGCCGUAGAGACGCAUCACUUCAUCCAAAACAUCUCAGACCUCAACGACACCAGCCGUCCUCCUCACGAGGGGAUCCCAGAAUAUCAGGGUUUGGAGAAGCUCUUUGAUGAGAUGGAAAAACACUAUCAGCCCGACACACAUGAGUCUUGUCUCUCUCUGGACGACAUCCUGGACGAGAGCGGAGAUCAUCACGUAGAGCUGGACGCCGUGUUGGGAAGCGUCCUGUAUCACGUCCUGCGUGGAGACUGUGUGAGAUCUCAUGUUCUUCCUGAGCAGCAGUACUUUCUGGAUUACAUCUUCAGCCAUUUCGGCUCUGAUAACCUCACGCUUCAUGAUUUUGAGGAGCUUCUGAAGACACUGAAUCUGGGUGGAGCAGAAGACGAUCACGAUGGUGCUCAUCUUGAUGCUGAUCCCCAUCAGGAGGAAAAUCAUCAGGAAGAUCACCAUAAUAACAGCAGCUGGGAUACGAUGUGUUUCAGCGCUGAAGACCUGUUGAGGAUCUAUCAGCUGAACUCUUCAUCACUGACCAGAGAUCAGUUCACUCAGCUCAGUCCUGCUCUGAUUCAGCAGAUCCUCAGCAGAGGCUGUUCUGAGAUCAGUUUCACACACGUGACCCCUGAUUCUCUGAGCACCGCUGAGAGAUAUGGAUAUGCCACCCUCGCUAACAUCAUCGUCUGUCUGAUGGCCAUGUUUGGGAUCGUGGUGCUGCUGUUCUCCAGGUGCACGCAGGUGUUUCAGAUGUGCAUCCAGUUCUGCAUCAGCCUCGCUGUCGGAUCCCUCACGGGCGACGCUCUUCUGCAUUUGAUUCCUUCGUUUUUAGGUCUUCAUGGUCAUGAAGAUGGACACAGUCAUGAGGAGGAGAACCUUGACUAUCUUUACAAACUCCUGGUGGUCGUUGGUGGCAUCUAUGUCUUCUUUCUGAUGGAAGCCAUAUUCUCCAUCAUCACUCGACACGGUCAUCAGGACGGAGAGUCUGACUCUCAUCACUGUGAUCACAGCAAAGUUCUGCAGAUGUUCCAGAGCAGGAGACGCAACAACAACUCCUCCACCUCACAGGACGAGCUGGUGGACGAGCAAAACAACGGGAAGUCCUCCCUGGAGCCGUUCAGCAGCACACGAGAGAAGCGUCUGCUGCCGUAUAUGAUCACCAUUGGUGACGGCAUCCAUAACUUCACGGACGGUCUGGCGAUGGGCGCUGCGUUCUCCGUGUCGUGGCGCUCAGGACUGGCGACAUCGCUGGCAGUCCUGUGCCAUGAACUUCCACACGAGUUAGGUGAUUUUGCGGUCCUGCUUCACUGCGGUCUGUCGGUGAAGAUCGCUCUGCUCCUGAACGUGGGCAGCGCUCUCACCUCCUUCGUCGGUCUGUACAUCUCCCUGUCCAUCUCCACACAAACACUCGCAGAGGACUGGAUCUCUGCCGUCACCGCCGGCCUCUUCCUCUACAUCGCCCUCGCAGACAUGCUUCCCUCCAUGCUUCACGUCGAGAGCAAAUGGCCGUGGCUGAUUCUUCUCCUGCAGAAUCUGGGUCUGAUGACGGGAUGGGGGAUUUUAUUACUCCUGUCUUUAUAUGAAGAUCAGAUAGGAAUCUAAAACAUGAUGCUGCUUUGUACUUGUGCGUUAUCAUAUUCCCUUCCUCGAGCAUGACUGUGUGUGAUUGUCACUUAAAACAGAGGAAAUAUGUGCAAUUUAUAGUGCUGCCAUGUUUUAAUAUGGGAUAUUUUUCAUUUUAAAACAUUACUUUUAAUAAUAUUAUCGUAUUUUUAAAACACCACUCAAAUCUGAUUAAAAUGUAACAUUUGAAAUGGUUAAAUCAGCUGUGUGAAUCACUUUAAUUACAGCAGUUAAAUAACAGAUAGAUUCUUUAGAUAGAUUUAAACUAAAGGACAGGAGCCAAAUAUAAGUUAAUUUGUAUUUGUUGUUUCUGUAAAGAUGUAACUGAAUAGAAAAAGUUGCAUUUGAUAUGUGGAAGUGAUUUUACUACAUGAAAUUCUGCUAAUGUAUGAAGUAUGAAUUGUUUUGUGAAUAAAUGAAUGGUGACCUAUAGCUCUUGU